AUGCCUAGGAGCAGGGCUAGGAGCAGGGCUAGUAGCAGCCGCGAGGUUAGGGAGGAUAAGGCGGCGUUGCUCGGGCUGCUUCACCUCAAGUCCACGCCCAGGAAGGCCGAGGUAGUCAAGUGGGGAUACGAUUGCAGCACCGGGAGCGGGAUGAGGGACUACUGUGCCACGGGCGUGCUUGCAGUGCUGCUGGUAAUCACGGCCGUGACGGUGAGCGGGCUUACGAGCGCGGUGCAGCUUAUCUACGUCCAGCCAGACCUGUGCGAGACCCGGGACAGCUCUCUCGUCGCGAACAUGGAGCUCAUGCGGAACAUCACCAACUACUACAACGCGCGAGCCACAGCGUCUCUGGCGGUAAACAUCACGGCGACGGCUUACUUCAAAGCGGCGGAGACUUACACCGGGGAGGGGCUGAACGCGCUAGGCUUGGCGUUCGAGUGGCCGUCUCCUUACGACCUCAACGAGGAACAACGACAGGAGUUGGAGACAGAGGCUAGGGAGGGCGGAGACGACUGCGAGCCCGUCGAGGAGUGCGUGGGAGGAGUGGCUGGCUUCUUCGGCGACAUCGUCGGGGAGACCACUUGCGUCGAGACCGAAGUCCCGUGUCCAGAUAUCGAAUCGACCGAACUCUUGGUGGAGUACGAUGCCUCUCAGCAGGCUCUGGACCUCUUCGGCAACAACAUCACAGCCUAUGAUGAGGAGUACGCAGAAACCCUGGCGCAGUCAGCACUCGACGACGCGACCAGCGCGAUAUCGGUGCUGGUCAGGAGGAUAAAUUUCGCCUCGAGCAUCUACGUGCUAUACCUGGUCUUCACGGUCCUCGUCCCUCCUCCGUUCAUCGUGUACGGGGCGAAGUGGAACGUGAGGAUUUUCGAGGUCCUCAGCAACGUGAACAAGCCGAUGUGGAUCGCGCUAAUCGUGCUGGUGUGGUACGGCCACGAGCUCUUCCAGUCGAUCAUCAACUCCAGCUUGUACAACAUCAUCUGGUCCAACUUCCUCCAAGACCCGUGCUGGGCGGACCCUGAGUUCCUCGUUAACACCUCCAUGGUCAUCAGCGAAACGUGCACGGAAAUUAUAUCUGCGAGCAACCUCUUCAACCAGGCCGGGGCUAACUACCGCUACUACGGUGCAGUGGAGACGACAUGGCAACCCAUCUCUGAGGGAAGAACCGACGGCCCUUUCUACGGCGACGCAGACGUCGAUUUCCCUCAAGAAUUCCCCGGAAACUGCACCUCUUCAGUGCUGCUCAGCGCGAUCCAGCCGGGAGACGGGAACGUUAACUGGUGGUCUCUUUUUUUCCGCAGCGGGGCCCUGGUGGCGCUAUUGCUGCAGAUCACCCUAGCCCACUGGUUCAUCUCGUGGUUCAGCGUGCUCAGGCCGCUGACGAUGCACAAGGGACGGGUCAUGAUUCCAAACCCGGAGACGAACCAGAGCGACCCCGUCCUGUUCCGGGAGGUCCGCGCUUUCGCCCGGAGGCGCGCCAUCCUCCCGUUCGUCUUCAUGACCCUCCUGCUCCUCUUCCUGCUCAUCAACCUCGGCGUGAGCUCCUCGGCAGAGGGUAUGGGCCGCAAGGUUCUCAUCGGUUCCGCCAUCUUGUUCGCGCUGCAGUUUGUGGUCGUGCCGCUGCUUGUCUGGCGACCUUCCGAUGAGCGGUGGCUGCCGGCGGCGGCGAUGCCACCGGACAACGACGGCUCCUUGCGAGAGGAUUACACCGACGCCGGCGAGAGCGACAGCUACGACGACAAGGAGGAGGGCGGCUGGGAUUCGGGGAAUGAUAAGGAGCCCGGCUCGUCGUUGCCGAGAAAUCGCCACUCCCACAGGGAUGACGAUUAUCCUCACUCGUUCAGGGACGACGAUCAUCCGCAGUACAGGGAUGCCGACGAUCCCCCCCGUUCUCGUACCCCCCAGCGGCAAGAGCAGAAGCUGGAGCGCUCGGACUCGGGGGACAGUCUCUCGAGCAUUUUGGCGGCGGCCAUGGCGGCAACAUCAGCGGCCGCCGCCGUCGGAGAAGGGCGGCAACCGCCGCGGUAUUGACGUUUGACCUUCAUUGACCUUGACAAACCUUUGUGCGUGUUUCCCGUCGUUGUGGGUAGUUGUUGUCGCGGAUGUUGUCGCAAGUGGCAACGGAAGUUGUGUGGUUGCCGCUGGGUCUCCCGCGUGCUGCGUAUUUGAACAGGGUUGUGACGUUAUACGUCGGGCGUACACCCGGCUAGGUAGUGGGCUGUUGAAUGUCUUUUUUAAAACGGAUGUUCUGAAGAUGCGCUGUAGAAACGCAGGGGGCGCCCUGUAUUGUCCAUGUCAUAAACCGCUUCUUCAAGGUGCGGGUGAGCCGAUAUAGGGUGUAUGUGUGUGGGAACUGUAAUAUGUAAACCUUGUGCAAGAAACGCUCGAAUUGAGGCAUUGUGUAGGGGCAGGCCAGGCAUUUUGAACUGCCAGACAGAUGCACAAGCCUUUUUGAUAGAAGCACAGAUAGGUCCUAGAGAUUCGCGGACGGGCGACACGCCUUGGCCACAGAAACGUGUGCAACGCACCGUCACAUGCGUGUCCUGGACAAAUCUCAAUAUCGUCAGU